ACAUCCACAUCAAAAGUAGAUGGUUUAGGAUCAAAGGAUAUGAAUCUGCUACUUAUUUUCCAAAUAAACUGUGAAAAAGAAAAUUAGCGUUCAUUCCUCAAGAUAAUUAUGAAAUAUCGCCGGGGGUUUUAGCCUCCGCCACCCUUCUCCUCCGCAAUAUUCAGGGUUUUAGCUAUUCUCUGCUCUUCUUGUGUCUCCAAUUCGUAUUCUGCUUCUGUGAGGCCUGAGCCAUGGAGUCUCUGGCCACACUGCAUCACUGUCGCCACCCGCUUCCCUUCUCACUCAGUCAUCUUCCUUCUUCACUAUCGAGACCCAUAUCUUCCGUCUCCUUCAGGUCUUUACCUCCCCGUCUUUCGCCGUCGCGAUUCUCGUCUUCCUCCUUCCGAUCACCGUCCAUUAGAGCGGCGUCCUUGCCGUCAGAGUCGUUCACCGACUCUGCUUUCCUUAGGCGCGGAACCACAUUACCACAAUUGCUUCAAACCCUAAACUCCCUUUUCUCACCCGUUAUCCGAACCACCUGCACCAUCCUAGCGGCGGCUGUGUUUUUCUACAUGCGUCUUCGCUACAAGCCCGCCAUUGCAGCCCCGCUUGAGAUGCCCACGGUGGAAUCGAGUACGGAGUCGACGGAAAAUUCUUCGAAUGAAGAAAAUCAGAGAGUCAUUGGCGAGAGAUUAAGCAACAAUCCCAAUGAUACCGAGGCUUUGCGGUCGCUCAUCGAGGUCAAAGUCAGAGCGCGCAAAAUUGAGGAAGCAAUCCAGGUUAUAGAUCGUUUAAUUGAGCUCGAACCGGAAGAGUUUGAGUGGCCAUUGCUGAAGGCUCACAUGUAUGUUUACAAUGGUGACUGCGAAUUGGCUAGAGAGAAGUUCGAAGAAAUUCUAACGAAAGAUCCCUAUCGUGUUGAGGCCUAUCAUGGCCUAGUAAUGGCAACUUCGGAAUCGGAUAAGCCAUUGGAGGAUUUAUUGAAGAGGAUUGAAGAGGCAGUGGAAUUUUGCAAAAAGCAAAAGCGGGAAUCGGAUGUCAGGGAUUUGAGGCUCUUGAUUGCGCAGAUUAAAGUCAUGGAGGGAGAAUUUUCUGAUGCGCUGAAGGCUUAUCAGGAGCUUGUUAAGGAAGAACCGAAGGAUUUCAGGCCUUACUUAUGUCUGGGUAUCAUAUAUACUCUUCUAAGAAAGAAAGAUGAAGCUGAAAAACAAUUUGACAAGUUCCGGAGGCUUAUCCCUAAGAACCAUCCUUACAGGGAGUACUUUGAGGACAAUAUGUUUGAAAUGAAUGUAAUUUCGCAGAAGGCAGAGAGGGCGGGAGUGGGUGCGAAGAACUGAAAAGAUGACUUGCCAAAUUUCUUCAAUAGAUGACCACGGGACAGUUAUGUAGAGAGGCUGCCUUUCUUUCUUACUUUUUUGUUUUUUUCCCCUCAAUUACCUCUUAAUUUCUUUUUCCGCCCUUUGCAAUUGGUUUGUUCGAAUUGAUACCUUAGGCAAUUAGUUUUACUUUCGAUGGGUGGAUAUAAAUAGUACAAGUUUAUAAGGUCAAUUUAGCAGAGCUAUUCUGAUGAUGAAAAAUGCAACUGAUGCUCUACACUAUUCUACCUCCACACGAGUAUUUGGAUUCUAA